UUCCCCGGGACGCUCCCGCCGCCGCCCGCCGCCUCCGGCCCAACAUGGCACCUGUCAGACUCCUCUGCUCCUGGCCGCGGCUCUGCGCCUCCGCGCGCGGCUCCUGGGGACCCCGGCCCAAGGGAUGUGUUUACUACUUUUCCACCAGCGCCCGUCACCGUACCAAAUUUUACACGGAUCCCGUGGAAGCUGUGAAAGAUAUCCCCGACGGGGCGAAGAUCCUGGUUGGGGGUUUUGGGUUAUGUGGAAUUCCAGAGAACCUGAUUGGGGCUUUACUGAAGACUGGAGUCAAAGGGCUCACUGCGGUCAGCAACAACGCAGGGGUCGACAACUUUGGCCUGGGCCUUUUACUGCGAACCAAGCAGAUAAAGCGCAUGAUCGCCUCGUACGUGGGAGAAAACGCGGAAUUUGAACGACAGUACUUAUCUGGUGAAUUAGAAGUAGAGUUGACACCUCAGGGCACACUAGCAGAGAGGAUCCGUGCAGGCGGCGCCGGAGUUCCUGCGUUUUACACCAGCACCGGGUACGGGACCCUGGUGCAAGAAGGAGGGUCGCCGAUCAAAUACAACAAGGACGGCAGCAUCGCCAUCGCCAGCCAGCCGAGAGAGGUGAGAGAGUUCAAAGGUCAACAUUUUAUCUUGGAGGAAGCGAUCACAGGGGAUUUCGCCCUGGUGAAAGCCUGGAAGGCAGACCGUGCAGGAAACAUAAUUUUCAGGAAAAGUGCGCGGAAUUUCAACCUGCCCAUGUGCAAGGCUGCGGACACCACAGUGGUGGAGGUUGAAGAAAUUGUGGACGUUGGAUCAUUUGCCCCAGAAGACAUCCAUAUUCCUCAGAUUUAUGUACAUCGCCUUAUCAAGGGGGAAAAAUAUGAGAAAAGAAUUGAGCGUUUAUCCACGCGGAAGGAGGGAGAUGUGAAAGCCAAACCUGGGAAGGCUGGAGAUAAUGUGAGGGAACGCAUCAUCAGGCGGGCAGCUCUGGAAUUCCAGGAUGGCAUGUAUGCUAAUUUGGGCAUAGGAAUCCCACUUCUGGCCAGCAACUUUAUCAGCCCAAAUAUGACUAUUCAUCUGCAAAGUGAAAAUGGAAUCCUGGGUUUGGGUCCGUAUCCAUUCGAAAGUGAAGUUGACGCGGAUCUAAUCAAUGCAGGCAAGGAAACAGUUACUGUUCUUCCAGGAGCCUCUUACUUCUCCAGCGAUGAGUCAUUUGCGAUGAUUAGAGGAGGACACGUCAACCUGACCAUGCUGGGAGCAAUGCAGGUUUCCAAAUAUGGUGACCUGGCCAACUGGAUGAUACCUGGCAAGAUGGUGAAAGGGAUGGGAGGUGCGAUGGAUCUCGUGUCCAGUGCCAAAACCAAGGUGGUGGUCACCAUGGAGCAUUCUGCAAAGGGAAAUGCACAUAAAAUCAUGGAGAAAUGUACGUUGCCACUAACUGGGAAGCAGUGUGUGAACCGCAUCAUUACUGAAAAGGCUGUGUUCGACGUGGACAGCAAGAAAGGGCUGACUCUGAUUGAGCUCUGGGAAGGCCUGACGGUGGAUGACAUCAAAAAGAGCACUGGGUGCGAUUUUGCCGUCUCCCCGAAACUCAUGCCAAUGCAGCAGGUCGCGAUCUGAACCGUGGGGUGGACGUUUGUCCCCGCCGCGCGUGUCCACGUCCCCACGCAGGGUUUCACUACACGGUCAUCCGCAAUCAGAACUGUAUAUUGAACGAGCGAUUUUUCACUGGAUGUUUCUGGCGUUCACGCUUGGCGCGGCCUGUUCUCUCAAGCAUGCUUUGAUGUUUUAAUGAAAAACGGAGAGGAAAAAUACAUAUUACUGUGUAUUUGUUUUAUAAGUGCUUAGAAGGAAGUCUUUACAAUUGGUGCUCACUUUGGGUUCUUCUCCGUUUUCUGUGGUACGUACAGUGAGUUGGGUGCAGUUUGCAUGAAGAUGGGCCCAUAGGAGGAGUUUCUCGGAUGCGCUUUCUCUCCUAACAAAAUUGUGGGGGAAAAAGUGAGGGAGAAAAGCGCCCCCCCUUCCCCCCACACACACAUACCUAGAUUAUACCCGAGGUCACUGUGCUGCAUCCUGAAAGGCAGCAUCUAGGUGAUUUGAUCAGGAGCAGUGCUGUCUUAACUGAUUUUACUCCGGCCUCCUCCUCCUCUCGAGCCUGGAGAGAGCGGUUCCGUCCCGUUUCCUAGAGCACCUCUCUUCCUCCCACACUUCCUGUAACUAACUAGAUGCGGACGAGGAGAGCGGGAGCAUCUCUGUGGGAGGAGUAGCUGGUUCGCAGGAAAGACGGGGCCUGUCGGUGCUGACAUCCUCCAAAGGUUGCCUUUUUGCAAACCAACCAAGCAGCCAUCUGCGCUGUGCUGGGGCCUCACGCUCUCUGCCCUCAUUUUGAGGCGGUGCAGGGUCCGUGUAGAUCCAGGAGGUCCUCGAGUCUGUCUCUGCGUUGGAGGACCAGUGGGCCCCUCGAACAACACCUGCUCUUAAGCCAAGAAGGGCUGUGGGAUAACUGAUCACGAAUCCACAGUCACAAUGGACACACGCGUGUUGGGUUUGGUAUUGUUUUUGUCUCCUCUUCUCAAGCUCUCUUAUUUCUGGUCAGAGAAGUCUCUAAAUAUGGAGUGCCUUUUUCUACAGAACAGUGCUGUUCGGCCAGGCUUCUUCCUCGAACAAAGUGCUUUUCAUUCAAUUCUAUGCAAAUAACGGCUGAGCAAAGCCAUGCUUUGAAGAGCAGCGAGUGAAUUUUUAUUAGAAAGUAAACAUAGUGGAUUAGGUUUUAUAAGGAACUUCUUUUCAGAGGAAUCCUCAGUACCAAAGAGUUGCCAGGGGUAACCAAGCAUCCUGGGUACCCAACGGGGCAGAAAGUCCCGGCACCCUGAGGUCAGGCCAGACUGCUGACCACUGGGCAGAGGCGGGCAUAGUGGACACAGUUCGUUCCUCUGCUCCAGGUGGAGGACUUGAGGCAUGUUUUUGGUGAUGGUUGUCACUGAAACUCACUUUCUCUUCAUUACAGCUACAGUUGGAACAUGCACAGUAUUAGAGGGAUGAGAGAGGCUUUGCUUUUCUUUUUUUUUUUGAGAAUCACACUCCAUAUAUAAAAUAGUCUUUUCUACUGGCUUCAUGAUUGAAAGCAUACUCUCCCAGUACUGAUAAAGUAGAUUCAUUUUAGCAUUUAUGAGGUCUAUAGAAUAACAUAUAUCUAUGUUAGAGUUAUGACUUGGAAAAAUGUGUGUUAUUGAUUGCUGUAUUGGUAAACCUACUUGCUUAUCAUUCCAGUCUGUUACUGUAAGAUAAUGUGUUUCUAAGAAUGUUCCCAGCUUUGAAUGGCAAAACCUAAGUAGAUGACUUUAUAUUCUCGAUUAAAGAGUGCCAUGGAUAUUCAGAAAGGUAAUAAGAAGUACAAUAAACACUCUAGAUUGAU